UGAGCGUCUUACAAUUCCUGUAUGACCUUCCAUGAGAAGAUAAAACUCUACGGUAUACUGUCGGCAGCUGGGGCCACACAGCUUCCCGGUCCACUAGAACACUUACUCUGUGCUAAGAGAGCAGUGCUUGACUGCAUGACUGCAGUCCAGCCCACAGUGACAACCUUACCGUCAAGUUUGCAGUGGUCGGGCUCAUCUCCAGGGGUGACGAGGCCGCCUAAAUGGAGGAGGUUCUGAAGCUGACGGCCUGGUUUUUGGAGAACAACCUCGCUCUCAACACCAGCAAGACCAGAGAGAUCAUCGUCGACUUCAGGAGGAGCAGCACCGACCCUGCCCCCCUCUACAUCAACGGCGAGCGUGUGGCGAGGGUCCACACCUUCAGGUACCUUGGAGUCCACAUCUCUAACGACUUUUCCUGGACAGUCAACACCACAUCAAUCAUCAAGAAGGCUCAGCAGCGGCUACACUUCCCGAGAGUCCUCGGGAAGUACAACCUGAAGCCUGACCUGCUGCUGACCUUCUACCGCUCGUCCAUCGAGAGCCUGCUGACCUACUGUAUUACAGUAUGGUACGGCAGCUGCACUGCAGCAGACAGGGAGAGGCUGCAAAGAGUGGUCAAGACGGCUCAGAAGAUCAUCGGCCGCCCUCUCCCCUCUUUGAUGGACAUCUACACCUCCCGCUGCCUCAACAGAGCCAGUGCCAUCAUCAAGGACAGCACCCACCCUCGCUCUGACCUGUUCCACCUACUGCCCUCUGGGAAGCGCUACAGGUGCAUAAAAACCAAGACAAACAGGCUAAAGAACAGCUUCUUCCCCAGGGCCAUAACCACCCUGACGGACUGCCCCAUUGUCCCUCAUAACUGCCUUCUCUUCGGUGCAAUAACCCAUUCCACCAACCACCCUGUUUUUUUCAUGUAUAUAUUCAUUUCACCCACUGUAUAGAGUGUACAGGGUCACAUUUGUGGGCCACACCUUUCUUUGCACUUCUAUAUUUUUUUAUAUUUUUAUAUAUUUACACAUUGUUUUCUUGCAUGCA